UCGCUGCGCUGCUCCUGGGCCAAGACGAUAUCAUAAAAACUCCCAUUUUUGGUAGCUUUAUAUCCUUCCAACUACCCUAUAUAUAUAUAAGAAUUUUAUCCCCAUCCCACUAUUUUUCGGGUUUAUCGUGUUAGUCCCUCAAACUUUCUUGAGUGGUUUGGGUAGAGUCUUUUUCUCUGGGUUUCCACCUUUGAGGGCAGGGUAUAUCGUUGGAUCGGCUGUCAAAAGGCUCCCACUCAUCUUAACUUUUCUUGGCCCUAGGUCAGGCCCCAAAUUCCCAUCACCAUCUCUUGGGACAUCAGUUCAUGCCACAUUCAGCCUCACCCUUAUAAGCUCGAAAUCAAUGUUUGCCAGGCGCUCUGCAAGGCGUCUUCCUUGCACCUGGAAACGCACGUUUUCCACUUCGCUGUCGUUGAGGAAACCUGUUCGUGAAAAAGGGCCUGGUGCCGAACGGGCAUGGUCUAACCCUACCCGCCAUCACGAGCAAUGGAAUGGACGCUCAGUCAUUGCCCUGACGGCCACAGCCGGCAUAUUAGGCUUUGGUCUUGCCACCGCGUCACUUCAAGGUCCUCCUAAGCGUACCGUCACAUUAUUUGAUAGCAAAUCUCCAACUCCCCAGUACGCGACAUUAGAUGAGAUGGAACUUGCUCUGAAGGAAAUUCGCCGUGAGAUUGCCGAUAGAAAUGAAGAAGAGGACAUCAUUAGCACAGAUCCGGAGGAUCUUCUUGCUCAUGGCUAUUCCGAAUGGUCCUCGAUAAAUCCUGAUGGGCUCCCAGUUGCUGUUGUGUAUCCCCGCUCGACAGAUCAGGUGUCGGUAAUUGCACGCGUCUGCCACAAAUACCGCAUACCAAUUAUCCCUUACUCGGGAGGUUCAAGUUUGGAAGGAAACUUCUCUGCCCCUUAUGGCGGAAUUAGCGUCGACUUUGCGUUCAUGGACCAGAUCAUUCAGUUUAACAAGGAGGAUAUGGAUAUUGUGGUCCAACCGAGUAUUGGGUGGCAGGAUCUUAACAACCAACUAAGUGAAAACGGCAGCGGUCUCUUCUUUCCUAUUGACCCAGGUCCGAGUGCCAAGAUCGGGGGUAUGAUCGGUACCAAUUGUUCUGGCACGAAUGCAGUCAAGUACGGUACGAUGAAAGACUGGGUCAUCAACUUAACCGUCGUCUUGGCGGAUGGAACGGUGAUAAAGACGCGGAGACGUCCGAGGAAAAGUUCAGCAGGUUACAACCUGAACAGUUUAUUUGUGGGCUCCGAAGGAACUUUAGGCCUAGUGACUGAAGCGACUCUCAAGCUUGCUGUCGUGCCGGAAGAAUUCUCCGUUGCCGUGGUUACUUUCCCUACGAUCCGCGAUGCCGCCUCAGCCGCCGCGGAGGUGAUGCAAACCGGAGUUCCCAUCGCAGCUAUGGAGAUCAUGGAUGAGGUUCAGAUGAAAGUCGUCAACAUAGGCGGGGCAACUGCACCACGUGUAUGGAAGGAAAUGCCAACACUUUUCUUCAAGUUUGCGGGGACUCAGACGAGCGUUAAGGAGAAUAUCACUCGCGUCCAAGCAAUCGCCAAGAAAAAUAAGGGCAGCAACUUUGAGUUCGCUAAGGAUCUCCGAGAGCAGAAACUCCUAUGGUCGGCAAGAAAAGAGUCUCUAUGGUCCAUGCUAGCCCUGAGGAAGGGAAACGAAGAAGUUUGGUCAACUGAUGUUGCCGUGCCGUUCAGUAGACUCGCGGAUAUCAUAGAAAUCAGCAAAAAAGAGAUGGACGACUUGGGGCUAUUCGCUAGCAUCCUAGGCCACGUCGGCGACGGGAACUUCCACGAGAGCAUCAUGUAUAAUCGACAAGACAAGGAUGAGCUCGCAAAGGUCGAGACCUGUGUCAAAAAUAUGGUUAAGCGAGCCCUGGAUAUGGAGGGGACAUGUACGGGGGAGCACUCCAUCGGCUGGGGCAAAAAGGACUCACUACUCCUAGAAGUUGGUCCAGACACACUGGGCGUCAUGAAGCAGAUCAAAUCCGCCCUUGAUCCACUAUGGAUCAUGAAUCCCGGAAAAAUCAUGGACAUUCCUUGACAUUCUUUCUGACACUUUCAGUCUAUCUUCUCGGAAAUCUUCUGCUUUAAAUUUGGAUUUAGACCGAGUUUGCAUCUUCUCUGGAGAAGAUUGGCUUCUGUUUUUGGUAGACAUGGGAGGCACGGCAAUCUCCAAAGCGUCUUAAGAUAUUCCAUUAUUUCCCCCCACCCACAAGGCAAAGAACUAGAUGAAGAGAAAAGAACAGAAAAACACGAAACUAUCGCACAUUCGGCGUCUUGGGGAAAAGGAUUAAAUAAAUUCAGAAGGUUCAUUCGUCAGCAGCAUGCACUUUUUUUUGUUGGCAUAUAAAUGAUACUUACACGGCAUGGAAGUCUCCAGGACUGGACAGAUUGGGGAUCUGAAAAUGGCUGGCUCCUGUCAGAACAAUAUCAUGUGAUUUAUUAGAUGAUCAUGUAGACAUUAUGUCCACGUGAUGCCCGGUUGGGUAGUGUGUACCUAGAGGAAUUUAUUGUUUGUUCACACAA